CUUCCUCAUGCACCCAAUGGCAUUCAUGACAGUGGGUGGACACGGGAGGCCGAGGAACGUAGAGGUGGACACAGAAGGUUCAGAAGGCGACCACUAACCAUGGCAGACGUGACCAACGACUCCACUCGCCGCCUCGUCUCCAAGAAGCAGACCUUGGAUGAUGCUUAUGCAGCUCCUGCCAACUUUUUAGAGAUAGAUGUUGUCAAUCCUAUCACUCACGGCGUUGGCAAUAAGAGAUACACAGACUAUGAAGUGCGGAUGCGGGUACGUGUCAAGAUAUCAUUACUAACCACCCUCCAUGUGCCUUACAGAGUAGCAGGACAUCCUCUUGCACAGAAUGAAAAGUGCCUACACAUGUUCAUUCAAGAGCCCGUCAUUGACAAAAACUAUGUGCCCGGGAAAAUCCGCAACACGUGAGCCACCCCUUCUCCCCUUCUGCAAGUGACCAACAUGGAAGCUUCAUGUAUUCUUCUGACAUAAAUUAUGGGUCUAAUAAGGCUGAAGACAAGAUCUAUACACUGAUGGGAAAAUUUUUUCACCUAUCUAGACCACCCCUUCUUCCACAACCAUUGAAGCUCACUGAUACCACUGAAUACUCUUUAAGUUGUACAUCUCACCCCCACCUUUUUAUUACUAAUAUUUUGUUCUUUUUUUUAUUAUUGUAUUUUUGCAGUGCUGUUACCUAUUUUUUAUUUUGCAUCACUCCUGGAUUCCUUAGAUCUAAC